AUGGCAACGACGUACACGUGGUUAUGGACGCUUCUCGCCUUCGUUUUGACAUGGAUGAUUUUUCACCUCAUCAAGAGAAAGAAGACGGCAACAGAGGAGGCAGAGACUGAAGCAGAAGAGAGAAGCGAUGGUGUCGCUGAUGUCAUCAUUGUUGGGGCGGGUGUGGCAGGCGCGGCUCUAGCUUAUGCUCUUGCUAAGGAUGGACGACGUGUACAUGUAAUAGAGAGGGACUUGAAAGAACCUCAAAGAUUUAUGGGAGAGCUGAUGCAAGCAGGAGGCCGCCUCAUGUUAGCUCAGCUUGGCCUUGAAGAAUGUUUGGAGGAGAUAGACGCUCAAGCAGCGAAGUCCUUGGCAAUUUAUAAGGACGGAAAACAAGCGAUCUUGCCUUUUCCGGAAGAUAAAAAGUUUCCUUAUGAACCAGUCGGUAGACUUUUACGUAAUGGCCGUUUCGUACAACGUCUACGCAAAAAGGCAGCUUCUCUUGCCAAUGUGCAUUUAGAAGAAGGGACGGUGAAGUCUUUGAUAGAAGAAAAAGGAGUGGUUAAAGGAGUGAUAUACAAGAAUAGCACAGGGGAAGAAAUAAAGGCCUAUGCACCUCUUACUGUGGUGUGCGACGGUUGCUAUUCAAACCUUCGUCGGUCACUCGUCAAUAAUAAGGAGGAAGUGCUCUCGUAUUUUGUGGGUUACGUCUCGAAGAAUAGCCGACUUGAAGAUCCACAUAGUCUACAUCUGCUUUUUUCUAAGCCUUUACCUAUUGUUAUAUAUCAAAUAACCAGCGAUGAGGUUCGUUGUGCGGUCGAGAUUUCUGCUGAUAGUAUUCCUUCUGUGGCGAAUGGAGAAAUGGCUAACUUUCUCAAGAAAACUGUGACUCCUAAGAUACCUGAAACUGGGAAUCUCCGUGCGACAUUUUUGAAAGGGAUUGAGGAUGGACUACUAGAGGUAAAAACAACUGCGACUAAGAGUAUGCCAGCGAGGCCGUGUGAAAAGAGAGGAGUGAUUGUGUUGGGAGAUGCAUUCAACAUGCGUCAUCCUAUAAUCGCCUCAGGGAUGAUGGUUGCUCUCUCGGACAUUCUCAUUCUACGCAAUCUUCUCAAGCCAUUGCCUAACCUUGGCAAUACUAAGAAAGUCUCGGAGCUUGUCAAGUCCUUUUACAUCAUCCGCAAGCCAAUGUCAGUGACGGUGAACACGCUUGCGAAUAUAUUUUCACAAGCGCUUGUGGCUACAACGGAUGAAGCAAGAGAGGGAAUGCGACAAGGCUGCUUUAAUUACCUCUCAAGUGGUGGUUUCAGAACAUCCGGAAUAAUGGCUAUGAAACUUUGA